GUCUGCACCGAAGCCAUGAUGCAGGAAGGGCUGGACGACGGACCCGACUUCCUCUCCGAGGAGGACCGGGGACCGCGGGCGGUGAACGUGGAUCUGCAGACGGACGCCACGCUGCAGGUGGACAUCUCUGACGCCCUGAGUGAGAGGGACAAGGUCAAGUUCACCGUCCACACCAAGAGCACGCUUCCGAACUUCAAGCAGAACGAGUUCUCGGUGGUCCGGCAGCAUGAAGAGUUCAUCUGGCUUCACGACUCGUUUGUGGAGAACGAAGAGUACGCAGGAUACAUCAUCCCUCCAGCCCCUCCAAGGCCAGACUUUGAUGCAUCUAGAGAGAAGCUGCAGAAGCUGGGGGAGGGAGAAGGAUCCAUGACCAAGGAGGAGUUCACCAAGAUGAAGCAGGAGCUGGAGGCAGAGUACCUGGCCAUCUUUAAAAAGACCGUCGCCAUGCACGAGGUGUUCCUGUGUCGUGUGGCGGCUCAUCCUGUCCUCAGGAAAGACCUCAACUUCCACGUCUUUCUGGAGUACAACCAGGACCUGAGUGUACGAGGGAAGAACAAGAAAGAGAAGCUGGAGGAUUUCUUUAAGAACGUGGUGAAGUCGGCUGACGGCGUCCUGGUGGCCGGAGUCAAGGACGUUGACGACUUCUUUGAGCACGAGAAGACGUUUCUGUUGGAAUAUCACAACCGAGUGAAAGACGCCUCGGCCAAAUCUGAUAGAAUGAUCCGCGCGCAUAAAAACGCUGCCGAUGACAUCAAUAGAAUCGCCUCGUCUCUCUACGUAUUGGGAACACAGGACAACACGGACCUCUGCAAGUACGGACCAACAUGUUGGGCUGCCUCAAGGUUCUUCCUGAAGGUGUCGGAGCUGUUUGAGAAGACGAGGAAGAUUGAAGCUCGUGUUGCAGCAGAUGAAGACCUGAAGCUGGCUGACCUGUUGAAAUAUUACCUGAGAGAGUCUCAGGCUGCAAAGGACCUGCUGUACCGGAGGAGCCGGGCUCUGGUGGACUAUGAGAACGCCAACAAGGCUCUGGAUAAAGCUCGAGCCAAGAACAGAGACGUCCUGCAGGCCGAGACCAGCCAGCAGCUCUGCUGCCACAAGUUUGAGAAGAUCUCCGAGUCCGCGAAGCAAGAGCUCAUCGACUUCAAAACGAGACGAGUGGCAGCGUUCAGGAAAAACCUGGUGGAGCUCGCAGAGCUGGAGCUCAAACACGCCAAGGGGAACCUUCAGCUGGUGCAUAGUUGUCUGGUGGUCCUGAAAGGUAACACUUAACCAACCGGACACGCCCUUUUUAUACAGCCUCGCCCACAUCAACUGCACACCCAUGUGGGCGGAGUCUGGGCGGACGAAUGACACUGAAAACUGUGGAGCAGAGAGAUCAGACAGGAAGUCUGUCAUCUUCAUAACAAACCAGACACCGUCCGCGUCAUCAUCUUUAUCCUCCUCUACCCAAACCUCUCCGUCCCUCUCCAGCAGCACCUGUGCCGGUUCAACUGGUCCAGCAGAACUCGUGUGAUCCGCCUCUUUUCCUCCUGAGUGACACUCACUUGAAACUUUGAUAUCAAGGAGUAGAAUAAACAAAUGUUUGAUAUUUCUUAUCCAAAUUAAACAAAUCCCUCCCGGUCCAGCAGGUCUACUGUGGGGAUACUGGUCUAGGUCCAGCAGGUAUGAUAUCACCACCUGAAAGUUUUCAUUGUCACGUUUUUAGUUAACUUGACCUUUGAUCUCUGGGGUCUGAUUGUCGUAGCAACAGUUCUACGGAGUAAGAAAAGUCGUGAAAACAUUUCAACCUAUUUAUUGAAAAUCCACAGAAGAGAAUCAAAUGUGUCUUUAUCUCAACUUGUUUUCAUGAUUAUAAAGAGUUGUCUCAUAUCUCGUAAUUAUCCAAAAACAAGUCUCCAUAGUAACGGCUUAUUAUCUUGUAAUGACGGCUGAAGUCAGUUGAGUCUGUUUCCUGGGUUCAAGUUGUGAAGACAUUCAGAAGGAAAACAAGACGCGAGCUGUUAUUAAAGCGUGAUGUCACUGAAUAAAAAUGCCUUGUUUAUGUUG